UUUUGUGCCCCACCACUCGACGUUGGAGACACCCCACUCGUGUAGCAAGGCAGCCACUCGUUUAACACAGUUUCCGGACUUGUUGUUAAGGGCACACCUUUGUUUUGUGCUUUGAUACACCCAGUAUCAACGACAAACCCGUCGCUGCCCCUUUUCUGUUUGUUUGGAUUCUUCCCUUUUGAGCUGAAGCCAGCAAUCGUCGACUUCGCCAGCCAUGGACGCCAGUCACCCCAAUCACUCUGGGCAGUGGGACCCCAACUCCUUUGCGACAGAAAAUCCAUGGGAACAACAGUUCGCCUUCGCUCCUGAACAUGGACACGAGAAUGCGUACCACAACCCUGGUGCGUUCAUCGACGCUCCACAGCAAGUGAAUUCUCAGCUGGCCGGCCACGACACGCAAACAAAUGCCUAUGGUCACUACAACUACUACCCACAGAACGAGGCAUGGACUGGACCCAGCCCUGCGUCUGCCCCUUAUGCUCAGGAGCCAUUGACUCAGGAGCAUUAUGCACCUGCCCAGCAGCACCCGCAGCAUCAGCAACAGCACCCAUAUGGCAAUCAUCGCACCAUUGACAGCCGGUUCGCUCUUGUUGACCUUCCACAGGAGACUGAUUACCCAAACCAUCACAUUCAGAUCCCCGAGAGGCAGGAGGUAGUCCAAGGUGGUUUUGGCCAUGGCGCUGUUCCCCCGAGGCAACAGUCAGCCGAUGGCUAUCUUCAGGGGCAUGUCUCAGAACAAUGGCAGAGGGUGCCAAUGGCGAGCUCAGGCUAUGCUCCGAAUGGAGAGUAUCAAAAUCCACUGGCAAUGUCACAGCCUGUAAGCCACCAACAACCAGCUGUACAUCACCCACAGCAGCAGCCUCAGCAUCAGCCGCAACAUCAAAGUCAGCAGCACCCACAGCUUCAGCAGCAGCAACAAAGGCAGACGCCCACGCCUACUCCUUAUCAAGCUGGCCAUGGCCCAGUCCAGGGAGGGCUCACGGGCUACCACCAUGCCCAGGGCCACCAUACCCCCGAGCCCCAACCGAAUCAAGCUCACUUUAUGCAACCCAUUAACGGGCAACAUCUCCAAAACCGCGCUUCUGUGGCACAACUUCCCGCCCAGCGAACCACUGCAAGCCCUAGCCCACUUGCUCAUACACCAAUCCAAAGCGCCCCAAUACAGCAAAAACCUGUUCAAACACCUGUUCAGCAGUCAAUCCAACCAAAGAUUGCUCCCCGUUCCAUGGCCCAGCCUACAGUGCAGCCAAUGGUACAGCAUGCAGUGCAACAGGUGGUGCAGACUCCCGCCCAUCAGGCUGCUCAGCCAUCACAGUCGACACCACAGCCCACGCCGCAGCCCACGCCGCAACCUCAUGCACAGACCCUCUCGCAGGUCCCUCAACAUCAGACAACACCACAACAGUUUGUCCUACAUCAGCAGCCUAGUCAAACUCAAAGUUUUCAAGUUCCGAUCUCACAGUCCCAGCCCGGUCAGAUCCAAUCGUUCCAGGCCCCGGCGCAGGAACGGGUGGCCCAGACUCAGACUGUCCAACAAACUAUCCAAUCUCCCCAAACUAACGUGAUCUCGGGUGUAAAGCGACCCGGUGAUGUACAGGAGACGCAGACCCUCGCCAAGAAACCGAAGGUGCUGCAACCAGCCUCCAGUGUUGCGAACCCCCAAGUCAUCAGCUUCGCGAAUAACAACUCGGCGAACCCUGGCUUCGCAUCGGAUGUAAAUGGGCAAGGCGAUGGUGGCGAGGUUGCCGGUCUCUUCACCGUAGAUGAGGAUCUGAUUGACAAGGCAAUCGAAACCCCGGGUUGCACUGUCCCAGGAGUGCCGCAUCUCGUCAUCGAUGAAUCCCCUGUCCAGCUCAAGAAGGGACCACCUACUAAACGAUUUGUGACCAUCGUGGCGAAAGCGGGCAAAGACCCUCUAUUCCCCGGUCUUGAUCGUGGCUGGACUCCCGCUGAGUCUCUCAGUAACCAUGCUGAAGCAUACCAAACUGCGAAAGAGGUGCUGGAUCGUCAGAGAGCGGAUAUCAGGCUGGAUAUUGAGAUGAAGCGAGCCAAAACAGAGUUGCCGGCUGACUGGUGGAAGAAGCUGUCCAAGGGUGAACUUGGAACGGAUGCUAAGCAGCGCGGAUCGCCCCCGCCCGAACCUACCCUGGCAGCCGUGAAAGCAGCCGAGCUGCUUCGUAUUCAUCCAGCACACAAGAAGAACAGGAAAGUUGUCGUUCACACAAGUAAUGAAUUCGGUGCGUUUGUUGCAGAUAAGAUUGCUGCCCUAAGGGCUGCACCAGCUUUCGAGAAGCUUGUGAAGGACGUAAAAAACAAGGGAAAGGGUUCCGCUACCCUCAAGCCUGCUGCAGUUGAGACGCUGAAGCAGUCUCUCCAGCCGUUCAAAACGGAGCUUGAAGCAGCCAUUGUUGAGGGACUCAAAGUCGGAGACCCAGUAAUCCUGCGGAUGGUAGGCGAAAGGGGUAUACUGCCUGUUCGUCUACUCAACCUCUUGAUUCAACUCUUCAACCUCGGGGAGGCCACCUCGUCGUUGGCCAAGGCAGCCCUUCGCCUCUUUGGUUGCUUUACAAGCCUUACGCCGGAGCAACUCGAAGCUUGGAAAUUUCAAACCACAAAGGGCAAACUUGAAGGGCUGGGCGAUCCUGAAAUCAAUGAGUUGGUUGCGACUAUCGUUGCAAAUGCCGAAAAGAACGCUGGCAAGGAAAGUCCUGCGACCAAGUCAAAGAAGGAGGCGGGCAGCGAAGCCAAGAAAACAUCCAAGGCACCAGUCUCAGCAACCAAGAGAGCUCGAGAGGAUGAUACCAAUGGUGAUUCACGCACCGCCAAGAAGCCUUCCACCGAUGGAAAGCCCCGGGUAACGGCCAUUUCAAAUUCUACCAACAAUGUCAAAGCUCCAUCUACUGGUUCUAAGACGCCCCCAACUGCCGCCAAACCAGCCCCCAAACCCUCGGCAACAACACCCGCCGCGACCACAACAAAACCGCGUGCUUCCUAUCUGCUGCCUGGCAAGGCUCGCCCAGCAGCAAAGCCAGCCCCGAAGCCAGAGCCUACAAAGGCCGAACCAGCGAAACCGCUGGUUAAGGCAGAAGUUGCAAAGCUAUCUACCGCACUGUCUGCGUCCAAAUCUAAUGCCCCUCAGGCGGCAUCCUCAGCUGGCAACCCGGCAAAGGCAACAAAGGCCAAGGAAGAGCCACAGCCCAGCUCCAAGUUUGCGGCACUCUUGGAGUCGAUUUCUGCGCCCAAGAAGGUGAAGGCAGACGCAUCACCUCCGGCGGAGUCUGCCCCUGACCCCAAUGAGACGGAAGAACAGAGGAAGCGCCGCUUGCGGAAGGAGGAGCGCCGGAGACGUAACUUGAGGGUCAAUUUCAAGAGCGACGACCAGCUGUGCCAGGUUAAGGAGUACACCUUAUUCCCCGAAGAGAUGGGCCACCGCCAGUCUCGCGAUGUCCGAUCAGAUAGCAAGGACAAGCGGGAAGGCAUGGCACUCAAAAAGGGUCAUGCGGGUGAGCUUCGCCCUUGGGAGGAGCCCAACUCGGUUGAUCUGGAAGUUCUUCCGGAGGAGGUGCGCAAUAAAAGCUAUGUCACCGUGGGUGGCGUAAAGACUUUCCGCACCGAGCAGCAGGCGUUCAUGGACGAUCGGGAGGCCAAGGAGCUUAUGGUCAUUUACACAGACCCUUCAGAUAUUCCGCCUACGCCUAAAUCGCCUGCUUACGAGCCUUCACUUGAUGACGGCUCUGGGUCUGAUCUCCAGCUUCCUGCGGGUUUGGAGUACGACGAGCUUCGUCGCAGGGCUACCGAUAUGAAGAACUUUGGUGCUCAUCGUUCAGUCUAUGAGGCCAAGGCUCGGUUGGAGACUCAGUCGAGCCCGGGUUAUGCUGACUUCUCUAAGACGAUGAAGUCGCUUGACUCAAUCACCAACUCGUAUACCGGAUAUCCUAUACCUGUACAGCAGCCUGCAGUCGUGCACGUAGCGCCUGUUGCUGCGGCUAAGCCUGAGGGCAUUCCGCCUAUCAUUGUGCCAGUUUCAAACGAGUCUCCCGAAGUUCGUGAUCAACGGACGUACGAGCUCAUCUCCUCUGACAGGGCUCGGUACUACCGUGAUCCGGAGCCUUAUGAUCCUGCCCGUCCCAAGACAGUACGUCGUCGAGACUACCCGGAUCCCGUGGUUCAGAAGGCUGCGGACUAUGUGGAGGAAAUCGUGGAAUAUGUCAAGCGGACUGUACCCGAGAUUAAGCAACAGCCUGUCCCAGCAGUUCCUGUCGUGCCCGCUCAGGCUCCAACUCCAGCUCAGGCUCCAACUCCAGCUCAGGCAGCUCAACCAGCGGCAGCCCCGGUAGACUACAGCGCAGCCUGGGCACAGUACUACGCCCAGCAAGCCCAGCAAGGACAGCAGCCGGAUGCGCAUGCCCUUCAACAACAACAGGCUUGGUAUGCUCAACAUCAGCAGCAACAGCAACAACAGCAGCAGCCAGGCGCCUUGGGUGCCUACCAACAACAGAUCGCUCAGCUCGUUGCUCAAGGCGUCGAUGUAAAUGCCAUCUUGGCUGCUCUCGCAAACCAACCCAACGCCAACCCCCAACAAGCCGCCGAGAUCCAAGCCCUCAUGGCCACCCUAGCAAGCGGCGGUCAACAACAACCCAACCAGCCCGCCGACCCUCAGACGGCCGAGUACAUCGCCUCUUAUAUGAAGUGGGCAGCCGGAGCCGGUGGUCAAGGCGGCGCUACUCACGCUCAACCUGCCGCUCAACACGGCGGUUACGAUCCCUACCAAGUUGGUCAAGCCUAUGAUCACAACGCUCGCGACAGCCGUGAUCGCGACCCUAACUCUCGCGACCGCGACAGCAGUGGUUGGGACCAGCAGCCGCACCACGGAGGCCGCGACAACUUCCGUGAUCGUAAUGACAGCCGUGACGGCGGUCGUGACGGACGUGACGGUCGUGAUUCUCAGCAACAACAUCAUCGCGGUGAUAAACCCCACUGGAAGAGCAAGAAGAACCGUGGUGAUCGCAACGGUGACGAGGUGCCUGAUCAUUUGAGGGGCAUUAAUCGCAGUCUGAUUGGUACUAAGCAGUGCUCUUUUUGGGCACAGGGGAAGUGUGCAAAGGGCGAUAAGUGCACUUUUAGGCAUGAUUGAGGGAGUUGUGGAAGCGGUUCUAAACAUCGUUGUGGAUCAUUGAGGAGAGAGAAUGGGGUGGUGAAGUAUAUGAAGGAGGAAAGCCAGGUCGUUACAGAUUCGAAGUUUUGAGGAUUGAGGAAUGGAUUUUGGACGACUAGAAGGACGACAGUCACUCGACGAACGAGGAAAGAUGAAGAGAGUGUUUCGCUUGCUAUCUUAUCACAAGCAAAGCGAAGCCCAGUCAAGAAGAACCAGGUAACUUCGAAGGAAUUAGCUUCUUCGCAUCCAGAUAUUUAUAUCACUUGCUAUCGAAUUGUUCGAUUAUCUGCCAAAAUGAUUACUACCAUGCUUCUUGA